UUUGUGGCGGACUACAGCAACCACAAGAUCCGGCGGGUGGAGGUGGCGACUGGCGUUGUGACCACGCUCGCGGGCAGCGGCGAGGGUGGCUACGCGGAUGGUGUGGGCGUCGCAGCGCGGUUCUGCUACCCAGGUGGCAUCUCCAUCAGCCCAGACGGCGGCGCGCUGUAUGUGGAGGACUCCAGCAACCACAAGAUCCGGCGGGUUGAGGUGGCGACUGGCGCGGUGACGACGCUCGCGGGCAGCGGCGAGGCAGGCGACACGGAUGGUGUGGGCGACGCGGCGGAGUUCUACUACCCAGGUGGCAUCUGCAUCAGCCCAGACGGCGGCGUGCUGUUUGUGGCGGACGUCGACAACCACAAGAUCCGGCGGGUGGAGGUGGCGACGGGCGCUGUGACCACUCUCGCGGGCAGCGGCACCGUGGGAAGCGCUGACGGCGUGGGCGACGCGGCGGAGUUUGACAGCCCCUACGGAGUCGCCAUCAGCCCAGACGGCGGCGCUGUGUUUGUGGCGGACCAUGACAACCACAAGAUCCGGCGGGUGGAGGUGGCGACGGGAGAGGUGACGACGAUCGCGGGCAGUGGCACAGAGGGCAGCGCUGAUGGCGUGGGCGACGCGGCGGAGUUCGAAGGCCCAGUCGAAGUCGCCAUCAGCCCGGACGGCAGCACGCUUGCACUGUUUGUCGCGGACUUCUGCAACCACAAGAUCCGGCGGGUGGAGGUGGCGACUGGCGCGGUGACUACGCUCGCGGGCAGCGGCGAGGAUGGCGACGCGGAUGGCGUGGGCGACGCGGCGCAGUUCAGCUACCCACAUGGCAUCUCCAUGAGCCCGGACGGCGGCGCGCUGUUUGUGACGGACUACAGCAACAGGAAGAUCCGGCGGGUU